GUCCAGAUGAGAGGCGGGCGCCAGGAAGCCUCGCCCUUCGCCGACGUGUGACGUCAGAGUCGCCAUGGCCAGCUAUCCGUAUGGGCAGGCAGGACAAGCUCCUGGAGCCCCUCCGGGUGGCUAUUAUCCUGGACCCCCCCAUGGCGGAGGCCAGUAUGGCAGCGGAGUACCCCCGGGUGGUGGCUAUGGAGGAGGGCCUGCCCCUGGGGGGCCUUAUGGACCACCAGCCGGUGGAGGGCCUUAUGGACCCCCCAACCCUGGGGGGCUCCCCCCUGGAACUCCAGGAGGACCGUAUGGCGGUGCAGCCCCAGGAGGCCCCUAUGGACAGCCACCUCCAAGCUCCUAUGGUGCCCAGCAUCCCGGUCCUUAUGGACAGGGACCUCCUCCAGGUGGCGUUCCCCCCAAUGUGGACCCUGAGGCCUACUCCUGGUUCCAGUCAGUGGACUCCGAUCACAGUGGCUACAUCUCCAUCAAGGAGCUGAAGCAGGCCCUGGUCAACUCCAACUGGUCCUCGUUCAAUGACGAGACGUGCCUCAUGAUGAUAAACAUGUUUGACAAGACCAAGUCUGGCCGUAUUGAUGUCUACGGUUUCUCAGCGCUGUGGAAGUUCAUCCAGCAGUGGAAGAACCUCUUCCAGCAGUAUGACCGGGACCGCUCAGGCUCCAUCAGUCCCACAGAGCUGCAGCAAGCUCUGUCCCAGAUGGGCUACAACCUGAGCCCUCAGUUCACCCAGCUCCUGGUCUCCCGCUACUGCCCGCGCUCUGCCAAUCCUGCCAUGCAGCUGGACCGCUUCAUCCAGGUGUGCACCCAGCUGCAGGUGCUGACCGAGGCCUUCCGGGAGAAGGACACAGCUGUGCAGGGCAACAUCCGGCUCAGCUUCGAGGACUUCAUCACCAUGACGGCGUCUCGGAUGCUCUGACCCCACCCAUCCGCAGAGUGGGGCGCACCAGGGGACCUAUCCCAGCCCCUCAAGGGGGUGGGGGGAAGCAUGUGGGCUUCUUUAACUGCCCCUCCUAGAAAAAGAUUUCUGCCUUGCCUGAUGCAGCCCUGUUCCCCAAGAGGGCUGGGAACCACCCAAUAGUGGGAUGCUGGGUUGAGGCCAUAGGGGGCCUGACCUGCGAGAAGACAGGAAGUUCAGUGUCCUUCAGACUCUGAGCGUUUAAUGGCACAGCCUUGUGCCAAGAGCAGGAGAUGCCAGUCCUUGCAGUGGGGUCCACUCGCCGGGCUGCAGCCUCCAGUUGCCCUUUCUGCCGCAGUGUGCAUCUGCACUUACACUAGCACCUGUGGCCCUCACCCCGCUGUCCCGUCAGGCGGACUGACCGUCAGUUUCUCCAGAGUGGAAUCUGCCCAUGUGUGAGAGAGUGGCCAGGGGAUUGGUGGCAUGGACCCACCACCUCUGUGUCUGUGGGGAUGAGCGUCCAGCGGCCUGGGGACUCCCCGCUCGGGGAGCUUGGGCAUCUGCUGUCUGGGCAUCUUUGGCCAGGUUGCUGCCCUCUGCAGCUUGGACCCUCACUUGCCUGCCACUCUCCACUGGGCUUCAGUCUCCAGGGGACACUUGCCAUCUCCCACUGCCAAUGCUGUUUUUAUUUGCAUUUUUUUCAUUUGGGGCCAAAAGUUCAGUGCAACUGUAAUCUUCAAUAAAAGGGUAACAUGCUGGAG